AUCUCUUAAACCUUUCGUGGUCAUCAUAUUCAUAUCCCUCGUUUAGUUUAUCUCCAAAGAAUCAUUCUUUUAUUCUUUAUUCUUUUAAGCUUCUCUGUUUCUUGUAAAAACAAACGCCAAAGGAACGUUUGCUGUGUGUUUGAUGCCCACAAGGAGAUUUCUAUAUUAAAUAACUUUUGGAAUUAUCCUUUCGUUAUAUUUGUGGCCAUGGGUCUUGAAGUUGGCUCCUUAAGCUUUAAACUUAAAGACGGAGGCUUGACAUCAAGAACCAACAGUUUCAAGAGAGACGAUACUACUAGGCACCAUAAUCCUUCUAAGAUUACCAUGGAGCGGUCGUUGAGUUUCAACAGCUGGGAGGUUCCUAAAGAGACCAAGACUGAUUCUGAUUUUGAGGUCUUGGAGACAAAGAAGUCAACGCCUAACACUUUGAAUGGAAGAAACUGUGAGAGAAUCCAAAUAAAGAAACCUACAGUUACUCCACGUGAGCCAUUUGUGUUCUUCUCUCCUAGACCGGUCACAGAGCUUGAUGCAGCUGCAACUACGUUACAAAAGGUGUACAAGAGUUACAGGACCAGAAGGAAUUUAGCAGAUUGUGCGGUCGUUGUUGAGGAGCUCUGGUGGAGGACUCUGGAAGGUGCAGCUUUGGAUUUGAGCUCUGUAUCUUUCUUCGGAGAAGAAAAACAUGAGACCGCUGUUUCGAAAUGGGCACGAGCUAGAAAACGAGCUGCUAAGGUUGGGAAAGGCUUAUCAAAAGAUGAAAAGGCUCAGAAAUUAGCACUUCAGCAUUGGCUUGAAGCUAUUGACCCACGUCAUCGUUAUGGCCACAACUUACACUUCUAUUAUGAUGUCUGGUCAGCAAGCAAGAGCUCACAACCAUUCUUUUACUGGUUGGACAUAGGAGACGGCAAAGAUGUAAAUCUUGAGAAACACCCUAGAAGUGUUCUACAAAAACAAUGCAUCAGAUAUCUCGGACCGAUGGAGAGAGAAGCAUAUGAAGUGAUAGUGGAAGAUGGGAGACUAAUAUAUAAACAGAGCAUGGCUCUGAUCAAUUCAACAGAGGAAUCCAAGUCGAUUUUUGUACUUAGCACGACUCGAAACUUAUACGUAGGGAUUAAAAAGAAAGGUCUUUUCCAGCACUCUAGUUUCUUAUCUGGAGGCGCCACAACCGCUGCAGGAAGAUUAGUCGCCCGCGAUGGGAUCCUUGAGGUACUUAAAUUACCUGUCUUUGUUUCUCCCUCGGCAUUCAAUCUCUUAAAUAUGUUAUGUAAACUAAAAGGAUGUUUCAUACACCUUUUGUUUCCUCAGGCUAUAUGGCCAUAUAGUGGACACUAUCUCCCAACAGAAGACAACUUUAAAGAGUUCAUAAGCUUCUUAGAGGAGCACAAUGUUGAUCUCACCAAUGUCAAGAGAUGUUCUGUGAAUGAGGAAUAUUCGUCAUUCAAAUCAACUGCAGAUGAAGAAGAAGAAAGAAAGGAAGUCUCAGAAGAAAUUGAGAUGCCUUCAGAGCAGGAAGAGAGAGCGAGACAUGUGUUUGAUCCUGUAAAGAGACUGUCUUGUAAAUGGACAAGUGGAUAUGGUCCAAGAAUUGGGUGUGUUAGAGAUUACCCAAUGGAGCUACAGGCACAAGCACUGGAGCAAGUCAGUCUCUCUCCUCGGGUUUCGCCAGCUAAUUCUUAUGGACCAAUUCCAUCUCCAAGGCCUAGUCCUAAAGUGAGGGUGUCUCCACGCUUAGCAUACAUGGGAAUCCCAAGCCCUAGGGCUGUAAAGUGUUGAAAUUUAAAACACACGUUUUUACUUGUUAUCCAAGAAAGGGUGGGGUUAGAAGAGAAGAGAAACUAACCUCCAUUUUUCUUUCUAGUUACUUUAAUUUCUUCUGUAUAUUUCUCGAGUAUUGCAACAUUUUGUUGUUCUUUUGAUAAAUUCUCUGGUUAGAUCAAGACUUGAUAAUGCUAGAGAUAGACACAGUCGACUUGUGGCCCAUUUGGGUAAAUAAUUAAUUAAAAUUUAUGCAGAAAUUAACAUU